AGGGAUCCUGGCUGACAUGGCGGAGGACCCGCAGGGCGGCGGUGCGGGUGGCCCACAGCACCCAGUCCCCAGUGGGAGCCACAGCAGCUUUCCAGAGUACGAGCUUCCCGAGUUGCACACGCGCGUGUUCCACGUCGGCGCUUUUGGGGAGUUGUGGCGCGGUCGACUAGGAGCCCAGGAUUUGUCGCUGAACGAACCGCAGGCAGCCGCGCAGCCGACGGACGGAGAGGCAUCCAACAACGGCUUUGAGGAUGCUGCGGUAGCUGAGGAUCUGGGUUGCAGUCUGGAGGCGGCGGCAGAGCUGAGGGUCGUGUGCGGCCUUGAUAAAUUGAGAUGCCUCGGUGAAGAUGAAGACCCAGAAGUCAUCCCAGAGAACACCGACCUAGUGACUUUAUGUGUGAGGAAGGGGCUCUUAGACUAUCGGGAAGAAAACAUCACGAUAGAUCGUGCCUGUAGACAAGAAACGUUUGCUUAUGAAAUGGAAUCUCAUGCACUAGGAAAAAAACCUGAAAAUCCAGCAGACAUGAUUGAAGAAGGAGAGUCUAUCCUAUCUGUGAACAUCUUAUAUCCGGUUAUAUUUAAUAAGCACAGAGAACACAAGCCAUACCAGACAGUGUUGGUAUUGGGCAGUCAGAAGCUCACGGAACUGAGAGACUCAAUUUGCUGUGUCAGUGACCUCCAGAUUGGUGGAGAAUUCAGCAAUGCCCCAGACCAGGCCCCCGAACACAUCAGCAAAGACCUAUACAAGUCAGCUUUCUUUUAUUUUGAAGGAACGUUUUACAAUGACAAAAGAUACCCGGAAUGCAGAGACUUGAGCAGAACUAUAAUAGAGUGGUCAGAGUCCCAUGACCGAGGAUAUGGAAAAUUUCAGACCGCUAGAAUGGAAGACUUCACAUUCAAUGACUUGAAUAUUAAACUUGGCUUUCCUUACUUAUACUGUCACCAGGGAGAUUGUGAGCAUGUUGUUGUCAUCACAGACAUAAGGCUUGUGCAUCAUGACGACUGCUUGGAUAGAACACUUUAUCCCCUUCUUACCAAGAAGCAUUGGCUAUGGACUAGAAAAUGUUUUGUCUGUAAGAUGUAUACAGCUAGAUGGGUGACAAACAAUGACACCUUUGCACCAGAGGAUCCAUGUUUCUUUUGUGAUGUUUGCUUCAGAAUGCUCCACUAUGAUUCCGAAGGCAACAAACUAGGGGAAUUCCUUGCUUAUCCUUAUGUUGACCCAGGAACCUUUAAUUAAUACCACUAAAAUAUAUAUACAUAUUUUUCCUACUGCAGUUUAGUUAAAAUUACAUUAUUUAUUACAAGGGGUUAUGGCUUUUUACUUCAGUUGUUUGUUACUGAGAUGUAGAAAUGUUUUGAAUAUAUAAACAUUGUCAGAAACACAA